AUGACACGUGCACCCCAAAGCGAAUGCAUUCGCUCAGCCGCUUACUUGAUCACACCACCACCCCUCUCUGUCAAAAUCGAUGAUAGUGAUGAUGACGAAGAUGAUGGUGAAGAUGAUGAUGAUGAUGACAAUGAUGAUGAUGACGACAAUGAUGAUGAUGAUGAUGGUUAUGAUGAUGAUGAUGAUGAUGACGGUGAUGAUGAUGAUAAAGUUGAUGAUGGUGAUGUUGAUAAUGAUGAUCAUGAUGAUGAUGAAGGUGACGAUGAUAAUGGUGAUAAUGAUGAUGAUGAUGCUGUUAAUAAAGAUGAUGAUGAAGAUGAUGAUGAUGUUGGUGACGAUGAUGAUGAUGAUGCUGAUGAUGAUGAUGAUGAUGAUGAUGAUGAUGAUGAUGGCAAUGAUGACUUAGGAGUGUACCCAAUAUUUCAUCAUCAUCGUCAAUGA